AUGUUUGGCGGCGCUGAGUCUCCCCAGGCGGAACCUUCGUUCGCGGGGGAGGCAGUUCCCGGCCGGAGCGGAGGCGGCGGCGCACGCACGCGCGCGGCGCUCUUGCCGGUCCCUCUCCGCCGCCUCCUUCUACUCCGCCGCCGCUGCCGCUGUCAUGGCGGCCUGAGGUGCGGCGCGGGCGGAGGAAGCGAGCGAGGGGGAGGGAAGAGAUCUGGCCGGGCUGCCAGGUAGGGGCUGCGGCAGAGGAGGCGGCCCCGUGGCCAGGGCGGCGGCGCUGGUGGGGCUGGUGGGGGGGCGGAGGGUGGCCCUUGGGGGGCCUGGGGGGCGGGUUUCCCCCUCGUGAUGGCGGCCUCCCUCACCGGGCGGGGGCUGUGGGAAGAGGGAGCCCCCCAGGCACACCGGCCCUCCGCCCGUCAUUCGUUGCCGGGAAACGCCCCGCAGCGCCCGGUCCCGUUAAGCGCCUCGCAAUCACGCCUUUCUCCCAUUUCCCCUCCUGUGUGUGUGACCUAUAAUAUAUACGCAUUGGGAGGGGGCGUGUCCAGCAUUAUUGUUAUUUAUUGUGUAAUUCCGCCUUUCAUAAUAUAUAUAUGCAGUGGGAGGGGGCGUAUGCAUUGUUGUUUAUUAAGUGUAUUUCGCCUUUCAUCCAAAGAUCUCAGGGUGGUUCACAGGAUAAAAAUACAGAAUAAAACCACAAAGUACAUAAUAAAAACAACGUGUGUGUGUGUGUUACAUAUAUGUAACACGCACACACAUAUUUAUAAUACAUACAACGGUACCUCGGUUUUCAAACGCCUCUGUAGUCGAACGCUUUGGAACUCGAACGCCCAAAACCCAGAAGUAAAUGCCUCGGUUUUUGAACACGCCUCGGAAGUCAAGCAGGAAACGAGGCUUCCGUUUUGAGGUUUCCGCUUUCAGUUUUCGAACGUUUCGGAACUCAAACGGACUUCCAGAACUGAUUAUGUUUGAAAACCGAGUACCAUUGUGUGCUCCAAAAAGGAAAUUUUCACCUCUUCGCCUGAGGGCGGACGGAUAUUUGUUUGUUUGUUUUAAUGAAAUUCAUACACUUCUUGAUUGUAAAAAAAACUAAGCAUAUGAAAGAAAGAUGGGACAGUAGAAUCAAGGGGAAAGUUCACAGCCGUACUUUAAAAGCAAUACUCUUCAGCUACUGUUUCCCAACCUUCCACAAGUGUGUAUGCAGUUGUGUAUGGAGUUGAGGUGCUGCUGCUUUGUGCAUUAGUAAACGUCUCACUUCCAUUGGAUUACCUUUUUUAGAGGAAGAAGCAAAGCUGAGACACAUUUGCCACCUUGGCCACACUCAUAUUCUUUCUUAGCAGUGCUUGAGUAGUGAUUUAUCCCCUUUUUCCCUUUGAAAGGUAAAAGCGUCUAGAAUGGCAGGGGAACAGAAACCGUCCUGUAAUCUCCUUGAGCAGUUUAUUUUAUUAGCCAAAGGCACCAGUGGAUCAGCUCUGACUGCCCUCAUCAGCCAAGUGCUCGAGGCCCCUGGGGUUUAUGUCUUUGGUGAGCUGCUGGAAUUAACAAAUGUGCAAGAGGUGAGUGUGACCGAUUUCCUGGAGACUGGUGAGUGUCAAACCAUAAAUGAUGCUGCUGGAUUGCUUAACUAAUUUGUUUUAAAUUGCCAUCUCAAGUUUUGUGGAAAGUGAAAGCAAACUGCUCAGGUAAUUUUCCAGGUUGUACUGGGUAGGUGGGUGAGUGGAGUGUGGGAGCUCAAGUUUUCUCUUGUGCUCAUUAUAACUCAUGCUCGUUGUUCUAAAUCAUGGUUGAGCAUUACAUGUAAGCCUGCCGUAUGACUUAUGGCUUCAGAACAAGCCAGGGCAUUAACCCAACUUCAAACCGUGGCUUAACAUCUUAACUUGUUCUGAAGCCAUCAACCCUAGUCUCUUGGUCCUGACAAAAUGGCAAGAAGUGGCAUAUUGGAAGGUGCUGUGGGUGCCUGGCCAAAGUACUUGGUUCAUAUAUUGGCUUAUACAGACCUUGAUCCUGCAACAGCCUGCAAAGUCGACACAGUCUGUGUGCCAGAAGAUUCUGUGAAACAAUGAAUAUGGAAUCUCUUUUAUUUAGGGCGAACUUCAGCAGCACAGUACCCAUCAGACACUUUGGACUACAUCAUUCAUUAGUUCCAGUCAGCGUGGCCAAUGGUCAGGAAUGAUGAGAGUUGUGGUCCAAACCUCUAGAGGGCACCCACUUUGGUGAACGCUGCUUUAGCAGUACCAUUUUCAACAUUUAAGGUUGAACCUGGAAAACAGGAAGCUCCGUUGCUGAAACAUCUGGCCUUGACCAGUGCUGUCUCCUUGAUUUAAGCACGCUCGCAAUAGUGUAAUUUGAUAACCCUUGGAAUAGUCUUAAUACUUGAUUAGUCAUUGGAUCAAUAUCACUCUAAUGGGUCUCUUCCUUUCUUUUUUCUUCCUAUGCAGCUUGCCGAAGGUCCCAACGCUGCUUAUUUUCAGCUGCUGAAUCUCUUUGCCUAUGGAACAUACCCGGACUAUGUAGGUAAGAGGCAGCUGCAAUUCUAGAACGCAUUUUAACACUACUGUGUCUUCAUUGGCUUUUGACAUCUCCAGUUUCUUCCUUGGCCAAGUUCAUGGAAGAUCUCAAAAUCUGCCAGAUCUGUCUGCCUUAGUUCCUUCAGACAAAAUUUCUGUCCUUUUCAGAUGGAGCUCAUCUCUAAAACUGUUUAUUGAUUUUAUUUCUAUCCCUAUUUGUAAGCCGCUUUGGGAUUCAUUUGAAUGAAAAGCAGUGUAGAAAUAUAGCAUGGGUUAACAUACCAUUUCUCCCCAUUUUUUUCUCCUGUUAUCGUGCAGUUCUGUUCCCAUUGCCUCCCUCUCCCUGACUGCUGGUGAUUAGGUCAUCAGUUGCCUGGCUUUGCACUCCUUACUCUGCACUGCAGAUCUUUUAAUUGUCCAAGAGCAGAGCAGGAGCUGCGCUUCAGGUAGCUGGUGGUCCUGUUCAGUUUCUAUCACAAUUCCUUCCUCUUGCUUCACUUCCAUUUCUGCUCCCCUUUCUAUCUGCUUUCUGCUCUUCCCCUGUGAUCUCUUCUGAGCCCUGCACCUUCCUUUCCUACUAAUUUUACCCUUCCAGUUUCACUGUUGACUCUGAAGUAUUUCAUUGUACAGCAUGUAACAUUUCAGGCACUUUAUAAAUAGUAUUAAUUUAUUCUGCUCUGCACUAAAGACGUAGCAACAUGUGAAACUGCAUUAAUGCAUCAUACUAUGGGUUCAGCAAGUCCUCAGAGGUCUUUCUAAGCCUUGUUACCUGAGAUCUUUCUAACUGGAUGUUGUUGGCUUUUGACUUCAGCAGAUAUAUGCAUACAAAUACAAAGUAUUUCUGUCGCUCCAGCAAUUCAAGACAUAACACCGAUUCACUUCUCAAGGCUCACUGACUGUCUAAUGAGCCAUUGCCAUAACAACUGGCUUGGUUGACCUUGUACCUCUUAACUUAUCUCAUACCUGGGGUGAUUUCUGCCCUUGAAAGAAAUUAACCCAUUCCUUCGUGUCCAGUUCCUCCAGCAGAGCAUGUGAACUUGGGUGGCUCCAAAUGUUUCAUAGGAAGUUACUUUAUCAGUCCAGCUGAACUGAUUUGCUGUGACUUGCACUGGUUCCCAGUGCCAGGCUGCUUCGCUAUCCAAAAGUUUUCCAGCUCCCCUAUUUUGCAGAUUUCAAGGACAUUCUAAGAAUAAUGAGAUUUGAAACUUUCUUGUUACCAAAUCUGCCUUGUCAAUAAGUUGUGCCUAAACUUGAUUCUCAUCCAAAAUUUACCACCUGAGUAUUCUAAAGUUGCCAUACAUUCUGCAUCAAAUCUUUUAAAGGGAUAAUCUUUGCAAAACACGCAGCACUUGCGUAGUUCUCACAUGCUCAAACCAGCUUAUGGCAAUUGGUUUUGUGAGGGUGGGUAUCCUACUCAUGGUAUUUUGUAAUUAAAACACUGGGAUACUGUGGAUGGUGAUCCAAAAUGGAUUUAUUGGUGAAGCACAAUGGAGGGAAUAGAAACUGUUUAGAAACCUUGUGUGAUAUCAGUGCAAAAUCCAUGGAUUCUGGCAGGCAAUUCAUACCCAAUGGCAUACUGCCUGUUCCACUCCUUUGUUUUGUUUUUUAAAAAAUGGAGAGAAAGGUGUGGAUGCUGGAAACAAAGUUCUGCCUUGUGCAGGUUUUCACUUGCUUGCAACUUAAGGAGAGUUAAAGCCGCAUUGCUCUGGUUUUCUCUUUUUGGUUAUAGAUAUAUGAACUCAGUGAAGUGACAGUCCAUGUCAGCCUUUCUCAACUUAGUCCCCUUUAGAUGUUUUGGACUCCAUUGAUCAUUGGCCAUGCUGGUUUGAGUUGAUAGGAGUUAUAAUUCAAAACAUUUAGGAAGUUUAACGGGUUGGGAAAUGCGGACUCUGCUUUCUAGAGGUGCGUAUUCUGAAAACUGCCCCAUGCUUCUUCAUUUGCCAGUGCCCGUAGGGAAGUGGGAGCAUUCUUUUGUGCAGCAGAGAAUGUGGCUCAAAGUUGUGUGAAUGAAGUCAGCAGUGUUGAGUAAUUCAAUUGAAGCACAUAACCUGAAGUUUUUCUUUAAUUCAAUUUCUUGGACAGCAAACAAGACUAACCUGCCAGAGCUAACAGGGGCCCAGAAGAACAAGUUAAAGCACUUAACUAUUGUCAGCUUAGCUUCCAGAAUGAAGGUAAAGUAUUGGCACUAAGACCAGCCAGUUUGAAGGCAAACCUCCAUAUAUGUGUGUUCGUGCGCACACAGAGUGUGUAAAUGUGUGUUUACACAUGCAUGCAUAUAUGAAUUUUUGGGAACUUUCGACAUCUCCUGUUGAUCUUGAGAGCCAAAGGGUGUAGAAUAGACUUAUGGGACAUGAAUCCCUGGUGCUUUCAGGCAGCUUUUUAGCAAUGGGGGAAGCAGAAGGAGCAGCUGCUGAAAUGAAACAUUUAUGCCUGAAUCACUUUGGCUUCCUUUGAUCAGUUAUCAGAUGGCUUGAUUGUUUAUCCUUUGCCAUCUCUCCCAAAUCAUAACUCCAUGGUGUAACUCAAGGACGGCUAGGUAUCUGUGUCAACUUUAAUUCUCCCUAAAAAAUAGGAAUAAUAGUAGCCCUGUAUCCCAUUAGGUAGAGGGAUGCGGGUGGCGCUGUGGGUUAAACCACAGAGCCUAGGACUUGCCCGUCAGAAGGUCGGUUGUUCAAAUCCCCGUGAUGGGGUGAUCUCCCGUUGCUGGAUCCCUGCUCCUGCCAACCCAGCAGUUCGAAAGCACGUCAAAGUGCAAGUAGAUAAAUAGGUACCACUCUGGCGGGAAGGUAAAUGGUGUUUCCGUGUGCUGCUCUGGUUCGCCAGAAGCAGCUUAGUCAUGCUGGCCACAUGACCUGGAAGCUGUACGCCGGCUCCCUCGGCCAAUAAAGCGAGAUGAGCGCCGCAUCCCCAGAGUCGGUCACGACUGGACCUAAUGGUCAGGGGUCCCUUUACCUUUACCUAUCCCAUUAGGUAUUUCUGGAAAAAAGCAAGAACUGGAGCAGUUUUUUCAUUGACUUCAGCAGAUAGGUUACAACAAGUAAUAACAGGCUAAGCCUGGCUGUAGUGCCACAAGUACUGCUAUUACAGCACACCCUUCAUGCAUUUCAUGGAUGGGGCUUGGGUAACGUUUUGUCUUCCGGUUGGCAGCGCAUGAGUAAUAAUGGAAACUGCCUCUGAAUCCCUGGUGCUCCCCAGUAAAGCAUGAUGUGUCCUUGCUGUGUUAUAUGUAAUAUCUGCCAUAUUCUUUUAGUUCCGUUUCUCUCAAACCUUUUCAACUUAGGCCUUCCUCUUAAAUGCCCUCUGCCUUUGGGGAAGCCCCACUGCAUGCUAGCCACUGAUGGCUUAGUCCCCACAUUUUUGACCUUCGUCCCUGUCCUACAGAUACUCUGGGUGAAUUCAACAUACUUGGGGGUUUGUACGUGAGGAAUGAUGCCUGUGCACGCAACAAGAUUUCUCCCUUUCACGCCCUAAACCUGUUUUGGGGUUUUCCCUAACCCUCCAGAACAGAUUUUUUCUCAGCUGCUAGAAGUUAGGUGGCCAUCUGUCAUGGAUGCUUUAGAUGAGAUUCCUGAAUUGCAGGGGCUUUGACUAGAUGACCCCCGGCGUCCCUUCCAACUCUACAUUUCUAUGAUUCUAAGUGUGAAGUUGGCAGAUAUCCUAUGAAACGGUGAGCAGCGCCCCAGACUGCACCUAGAAACAAAAGCAUGUUUUAGUCUAGGCUCCAGGGUCUUCCUGCUGGUCUCUGCCCCCGAAUGGCAGCUUCUCACCUGGGCUCCCUUCUCUCCCCCAGUGUAUUCCUUACUCGGUGUUACUGAAUGACCUGGAGAUGCGGAACCUGCGGGAGCUGGAAGACCUGAUCAUCGAAGCCGUUUACACCGACAUCAUCCAGGGGAAGCUGGACCAGCGCAACCAGAUGCUGGAAGUAGACUUCUGCAUUGGCAGGGACAUCCAGAGGAAGGACAUCAGCAACAUCAUCAAAACACUCCACGAAUGGUAAGCUGCCCCCCAACAGGGUUUCCCAACUUUCGCACUCUUUGGUUUAGGCAGACCCCCACCUCCCGCCAUCUCUCUGACAUUGACUGCGCAAGUAUUGUGUUUACAGGUGUGAUGGGUGCGAAGCAGUUCUGUUAGGAAUUGAGCAGCAGGUGCUUAGAGCCAACCAGUACAAAGAGAACCACAACCGAACCCAGCAGCAGGUAGAGACAGAGGUAGGUAAUGGGCCCCCCGUUUAUUUCUCCAUUCUCUAGGGCAAGCAGCAAGCAACAGCCCUCGUUUCCAAACGGACUGGAGUAAAUUCAAGAACGUUGAGACUUUUCCUCUGCAACCUUCACUCAUUCCUGUGGAAUCUUCUCCUGUUGGUCUAACCAGCCUAGAGGGUGUCCGUACUUUAGCUUUGUGGGAACUAAUGCUCAAAAUCAAUCCUGAAGUUUAUUCAUUCUUCUCAGGAUGGCUCCUGUGAGUCUUCUGGCCUCUAGAGGGCAGCAUGCUACUGCCUAAAAAGGAACAAUUCGUAAUCACUCCUCUUAGGUUCUUCCUCUCAAACCUUUCUCAGCACUUUAUUUUUCACAUUAUUUGGUCAUUCAGUCCAUCUAUCGCCUGAUAAGCUUAGCUCAGUGCAGAUCCUGGGAGCUCACGACCAGAGUUCGCAAACAGGGGCAUUUGCAAGGGCGUUUAGUGGGGGAGUUUAAAGGGGAGGCCAAGAGUUCUGUCUCUUGAUGUGCAUAGGACCAGGCAUUUGGAGAGUGAGGGAGCUGCUGCAGUGACCUGUUACACCUGUGCCAUGUUUGUCAUUCUGCCAGAGAACAAGCAACAGCACACUAGUAGCAAGUGCAAGCUGGUUGUCUUGCUGGAAGAGAAGGUGUAGCAACUUGAGGCCUGCCUAGCCACACCUCAAGCAACAGGAGAACAUGCAGAGUUGCUUGAUAGAGCUGAGUUGACUGAGAUUGAGUACCAAGGUAGAUGGGGUGCCCCCAGGGUAGAGAAAGAUUGCCCAUUGCAAGAGUCUAACCCAGGCACCCCCAAACUUAGUUCUCCAGAUGUUUUGGGGCUACAACUCCCAUCAUCUCUAGCUAACAGGACCAGUGGUCCGGGAUGAUGGGAAUUGUAGUCCCAAAACAUCUGGAGGGCCGAGUUUGGGGCUGCCUGGUCUAACCCCUGGAGGAAUGCGACACACAGAAGUAGGACAAUCACAAACCACACUUUGUCAUUAGAGUUGCAAAAUCGCUUCCGUACUCUCACCGUGGACACCAAUUCUGGGCCAGAGGAGCUAGGACAGCAGUUGCCAACCUCAGAAGACACUCAGAAGGUGGCUGUAAAAGAUACAGUGCACAGAACGAUUCUUGCCAACCCACCCCCCAGAGGAGAUGGAUUUGGAUGAGCCUUUUUCCAUUCUUGAUCUAACCCCAUCAGAUCCAAGGCUACUGACUGUGGAUGAGUAUGCUGAUAACAUACUUGCUACCUUCUGUGGAGACGACACCAGAGAAAGGGAAUUGCAGCCCAGAGAUGACAAGCUGGGAGGAAGAAGUAGGAAGUACUCAAACCAUAAGUUUCCAGCCUUUGUAACUUGUCCCAACAAUAUCAAAAUAAGCUCCAAUAAACAAGAGGGGAAGACUUCGAGCACAGCAGAAGCAGACCUCAGAACACUCCAAGCAGCCUUUGGAAGGCACAGCCCAUGGAAUGAUUCUUGCUACUCCCCAGAGGAGGAGGAGACAAGUCAGGGUGAUACUACUGAGGGGAACAGAGGCAGUAGUGUGUGGAGGAAACAGGAUGUCACAGGAGGUGUGCUGUCUUCCAGGUGCAAAGAUUCACGAUGUGACAGAGAAGUUGCCAAGUCUUAUAAAGCCCACUGACUACUACCCCUUCUUUCUGAUUCAUGUGGGUACAAAUAAUACUGCCACACACAGGAAGGGACUAUGAGACACUGGGCAGGGAGCUGAAGAGACAUCACUCCUUCCUGUUGAAGGUUGUGGCCCAAGAAGAGAGAGGAAAAUACUUGGAGUAAACCACUGGCUGCGCAGGUGGUGUCGUCAGGAAGAAUUUGACUUCUUGGAUCAUGGUCUCUGCUUCCUUGAGGUCGGGCUUCUGGCGAGAGAUGGGCUGCACCUCACAGCAGUUUGCCAAGAGUGUGUUUGCCAGGAGUCUGGAGAAUCUAAUCAGGAGAGCUUUAAACUAGAUCUUGAGGGGGAGGGAAAAACAAUAGGAACAGCAAAAGAGCACCUGGAAAUGGGGAUAAUAGCUUCAUUGAUGCACAGGAAACUGAGCUGGUGCUCCUGAAAACUGCUAAAAGGUAAGAAACUGCAGGAAGGAAGCAGCUGCAGGGAACAACUCAUGGUUUCAGUUGUCUACACAAAUGCACAGAGUAUUGGAAACAAACAAGAUGAACUUGAGCUUUUAAUACAGGACAGCAAAUAGGCAUUACUGAAACCUGGUGGGAUGAGACUCAUGACUGGAAUGUAGGAGUUGAGGGGUAUAACCUGCUCAAAAGGAACAGACCACACUGGAAGGGAGAAGGAGCAGCAUUAUAGAUAAAGGAUGUGUAUACUUAUGAAGAAAUCCAUGACCUGGAGCAUGAAAAGCAGAUUGACAGUAUAGGAGAAAAAAAUUGUAGGAGAGAGAAACAGCAGUGACCUUACUGUGGGUGUCUGCUAUAGACUGGCAAGCCAGACUGAAGACUCGGAUGAUGCCUUACUAGAGUAGAUUACCAAACAUUCAAAAAGGAAAGAAAUAGUAAUCAUGGGGGACUUCAACUUCCCCAAUAUCUGUUGGGACUCAAACUCUGCCAAGAGUGUAAAGUCUGACAAAUUCCUCCAUUGCAUCGCUGACAAUUUCAUUUCUUCUUCCUCUAACCUCUGCUCAGUGUCCCGCCGCCAAUGCCCUGGCUCUGAGACUUCCUCCUCUGGGGUUCCCUGGCUGCUGCCCCCCACCACUCCUCUUCGUCCAGCCAGUCCCUGACACCAGGGUAGAUGGCUGAUGGGUUCAGCCCGGUCUGAGGCUGCUUCCGAUGUUCCUUUGAGCUCCCUGCUCCUCCCCGUUGGUCUCUGGCUUGCUGUGCCCCCUCCUGCACCUCGACUUGGGACAGAAAACUUCCGUCCUCCGCUAGCGCUUCAGAGGAAUGGGGGUGCCCCGCUGUUUCAUGUUUGCAAAGAAACCUCCUCUCUGCCUCUCUCCUCCCCUGCAGGUCACAAACAUAAAGAAGACGCUGAAAGCCACAGCCUCCUCCUCGGCCCAGGAGAUGGAGCAGCAGCUGGCGGAACGGGAGUGCCCCCCGCACACAGAGCAGAGGCCGCCCACCAAGAAGAUGUCCAAGGUCAAAGGGCUGGUCUCCAGCCGCCACUGAUGCCUGCACGGCGGCAGCAGGGCGUUCCAGGGCCCCUGAGCGACUCUGGCUCCUCUUUCCAGCAGCAGCUUGUGAGCCGAUCUGGGUUCUUUCAGGCUGCGGGGGCGGGCGGCCCAGGUGGGUCCAUGUUUGAACCAGCAAGGGACACUGCCAAGCUCGCAGUCACUCAGGGCAGCCCUUCAGCACCGUAGCUGCUUCUUUUUCUCCUUUUUAUUUUUGAGGAUCACAAGGGCACCAUUUGCUCUCUGAUUUGGGGACAGGAGGCAGAAGCAGGGCACAGUUCCCGUGGGGCUCCUGCAGUUAGCCGCGGCCUCCUCCCCAGGCUGCCCUGCUCCACAUUCCUUCGCAGCAGAGGUCCCCGGACAGUGAGAUUCGCCUUCAGGCUGGGAGAGGUGGCAGGAGGGAGGGAGGGAUUUCUUCACUUAACCCCCAGCUCUGCCACAUACCAAAGGUGACGCCGUGCCCCUGGCCCAGGCACUGGUUCUCGUUGCUACCUUCUUACUUCCCUUGCUCCUUUACAACGGCGUUUUGUCUUAGGGUGCAACUCUCUACCUCACGCUGCAGGGGGGUUGGGCUAUGUUUACUUGCCACCUGUUCUGCUGACCUCCUCAGCCCAGGUAAAAGCCCCUUCCCUCUCCUGCCGGCUUUUUAAAGCCCUUUAGCUCUGAAGGGGAGGAAGUUGGGGCAGGAAGAGUGGAGCCCGAGGGGGGAAAGCUGCUUUUUCCAGCCGCCGGCUGCGGCUGCUGCCGCUGCCUCCUACAUCUCCCCUUCCUGACCAUCCUCGCAAGGGACGGGGUUGUUGCUGAAGUCGUGCGCUCUCAGUGUGUGUUCUACGGUCAUAGUUCCCCUCCUCCCGAAGCUUUCUGAAGUGUGUUGCGUUAGAGUCUCCCUGGGCGAAAGCGAGCGCUGGGAAAAGAGGUUCCAGUCUUGGUCUCCCAGCCCUGGGGACACUCCAGCGGAGGCAGCAGCAAGCAGGAGGGGUCACCUCUGCCGGCCUCUGCCAGACUUAAUAGAACUUGAACUGCUUUCUGGUUGUAUUUGAACCCCAUGGACCCAACCUCCUCCCCACGCCCCCGUUUUUGUACAUUUGUUGGGAGGCUUGAGAAUUUACAGCCUUUUGUAUUUUAUUUGAUAUUUGUUACAAACUUAAUUGAAAGUGACUUUGUCAGAAGGAUUGUUUUCUUUUCUAUUAAAAAAAAAGUCAGCGUUGAAAUUCAUACCCUGGCUGGAGGC